GCAAUCUCUGAUCUAGAUCUCUCUCUUAAAUGCUGUUGCAGUUAUGCUUUAAUUUUUAUCUAACUUAACGUUAAUAUUCAUGAUUGUACAGUUUGAGUUUACACAAUAAAUUGAAUGUGUUUUACUAUGAUUUUAUUAGUGUCACUAAUUUUUAGUAGGCCUACCUAACAGGUUUUGGUGUUUUGAUUCAAUAUCUUGCAAUAUUCAUAACCAAUCAUUGAGAACAAUGGCAGCAACCACUAAGCCAGGCAUGAGUCUGCUGGACCUUCCUGUGGAAAUGGUGGAGAAAAUACUCUCAUAUCUGUCGUAUGACCAAGUAGCAAAAUUGAGACUUGUCAACCGAACAUUCAAUGCCAUUUGCGGUAAUAGACUGAACCAAGGGAUGGAUUUGGUAAAAAACUAUCACAUUAAAUGCCACAAGGCAGUGAAGGCCAAGUUACCACGUAGAGAGUCUGAGCGAAGACAUCACCCGUUGUCUAGACACAUAGACAUACUGAUGGCAGUGGAGACUAGGUUGUCUAUGUUGGAUAUGACUUUCACUAAGUACAUUGAUUUCGACGAAUGCUGCUUCAUUCCUGGAAAGGUCCUAGACGAAGCCCUCAAAGUUAUCCGUAUGGUCUACAGUUGCUCAAUACCACUGCCUUCCUCGGGUCCCCAACCACAGUACCCGAUUUUGCCUCGUCCUCACGAAUUUCUUCAAGAGUAUCGCGACGUCUCAUCAAUGGCCAUGGAACAUUUUGAUGAAAAAAUACUCCCCAGAAUACGGGAGAAAAUGCUAAAGAAAACCACCUGGACGCGUCUGCAGAAUUGGAACAAUUACAAACUUCCAAUUAAUAAACGGUUCAAAUGUUUGGAAAGCACUUGGGUUCGACAUCAGCCAAGUUUUAUUGCCGAUGUUAAAGAAUUACAAUCUAAUGUUAACAAGUCAAGUUUGGUGAAGAAGAAGACAGCCACAGCAACCAGCCCUCCUAGUAAUGCUGUGUUGUAUAAGCUGUACCAAUCCGCGGAGAAGCAUAACCAAAGAUUCAGGCAUACCUUAAAAAAAAUUAAACAUGAGAGAUGUGUGCUGAACAGACGUUUAAUUCGACAACAGAAUUCAAUUGUACGUCUACGAAGGGAACUGCAAGAAGCGAGAGCUGAAAUGAGUGUUAUGAGCAAAGAUAUCAACCAGAUCAAGCUGGAGAUCACUCCUUCCAGAGUAGCUAAUGGAUUGAAGAGGAAAAGAGAGGAGUGUGAAGAAACCUGUGAUUAACGGUAACAUUUUCAGUUGAUGCAGUUUCACUCGAAGAUUAGAUGAGAACGAACUUUCAUAUUGUAGUUAUAAAAGUAGAACACCACAAAUUGAGGAGUGUAUUAUACCACUUUUGUAAAUACUUUUUUUCACAGCCUACACAUGUAUUUUUUCAGUACCGUGUAGGAUAGAGUUUUAAUCUUAUUUAUUUAUUGUUUUUGUAAAGUAGUUAAAGGUUUUAUAUGUUUUACACUUUAGGGGUGGUUCCAAAUUUAGAACCACAAAUUAGGAAAUGUGCUAUCUUGUUUGUUUUCUAUGUUAUUUGUAAAUCUUUUCCACAUCUUCAGAGAUUAUGUCAAUAUGUAGGAUAAAGUUUAUAACCAUAUUUUUAUUUUGUGAAGUAGGUCAGAGUUUAAAAUUAUUUUACGUUUAAGUAAUGAAGGUUUAACAUUGGGACUUUAUCAUAAAUUGAAUCGAUUAGUUUACUAACCUAGUUAUAAAUAAUCUCAAAACUCAUAAUGCUAAGUGUAAUAAAAGGUCAAUAAAACACUAAAAAUAUUGUAUAAUAAAUAAAUAUUGAUUUUAUUCAGUUUUAGGUUAUAUUUAAUAAAAGGCCCCACACAUAGAACAUUUUUUAACUUUCAUUUACUAUUUGAACUUUGAUUUUUGCCUCUUGGAUUAAAUCGGCCAGAAAGUCUUCCACAACUAUCCGCAGUACUUUUUGCUGGGCUUCAUUUAUUACAUCUUCAACAAGAACUUUGGCUUGAUUUUCUGUAAAUUGACAAAAUUAUAUUAAUGCAUAAGCUUAAAUAUUAUGUACCGGGUAUGGGAAUCUCAAAAUAUAUUGUUUGUGUUUUAACAGCUUU